UUCACAUCCCCAGCUGAAAUCGUGAGCAAUUUUUUGUUUCAACACAAAAACUGAAGCUGAAGCAAAGCCUGCCUAAAUCUUUGUGCAAUCUCCCACAACAACAACAACAACAUAUAAUAAUAAUAACAACAAGUGUUUGCCCAGUGAUUAGGUAAUUGUUAUUAAUAUUUUGAAGAAGUCAAAGUGCAGCUUGUGGUGCGUUUGAACUUGAAAGUGUGAGUGCAUAAUUUACAGUUGGCCUUCCGCUGGGCAACAACAAAGGCAUCAAGUAGACGACGACGGCCCACACGCUUACGCACACACUCGCGCACAGACACAAACACAUACAUACACGCUCACUCACGCACGCACACAAGCAUACAUAUGCGCAUAGAGAUUGCGAUACCUGAGAGUGCGUUUGUCACCAAUUAACAAUCGAAAAUAAGCGACAACAACAACACAACGUUCGUUUCACACUCCCGCGCGCGUAAAUAACAACACUUACAAAUGGGCCUGUUACUCUCGCGAUUAUGGCGGAUGUUUGGCAACGAGGAGCACAAACUGGUCAUGGUUGGACUCGACAAUGCCGGAAAAACCACAAUUCUGUACCAGUUUCUAAUGAAUGAAGUGGUGCACACCAGUCCAACGAUCGGUUCCAAUGUCGAGGAAGUUGUCUGGCGGAAUAUACACUUCCUGGUCUGGGAUUUGGGUGGACAGCAGAGUUUACGUGCCGCUUGGAGCACCUAUUACACAAAUACGGAGCUGGUCAUUAUGGUCAUCGAUUCAACGGAUCGCGAACGUUUGGCGGUGACGCGAGAGGAGCUUUAUCGGAUGCUGCAACAUGAAGAUCUAAGUAAAGCCAGUCUGCUCGUCUAUGCCAACAAGCAGGAUCUGAAGGGCUCAAUGUCAGCGGCGGAAAUCUCCCGACAAUUGGAUCUGACGUCUAUCAAGAAGCAUCAGUGGCAUAUACAGGCGUGUUGUGCGCUCACCGGAGAAGGAUUAUAUCAGGGGCUCGAAUGGAUUGUGCAGCGCAUUAAAAACAAAUGACAGACACACCGAUCGACGGCGCUAGUAUAUAGUUAAUGAAUUAAUUUAGACAAAUAAAUCAAUUUUUAUAAAUAUAUAUAAAUGUAAAGACACACACACACCUUAUUGUAUGCAAAUUUUGAAAGCGUUUGCGUUUUCGAAAUUUUGUUGAAAGUUGAAAAAUAAGAAAGAAACUAAUGUUGUUGCAAAACCAACAAAAGCCAAGCCAAUUUUUACAGUGCUUUAGUUAUAAACUCCUCCUGCCUUUUGUUUACAAAAAUGUACAUCCCCUGAAAUUUCCCCUCUGCCAGCCUAUAUCCUCAAAUAAAUUUAAAUAUGUGUAUUAAGAUAAUGCUAAUGUUAGGAUCUAAGAGCAGCCAAUUAAUAACUUCCAAUAAAUUUAUAAAAUAAACAAGUUUAUUUGCAAAAAUCUUUUAAGUUACAAAUACAGAAUUGGACGUACUUUUUUUCUACUACUGUUAUGAACUGAAAAUGCAUUGUAAUUGACAUUGUUAAUUCAUUGCAUUUGUUUGUUGUUGAUGUGAUGUGUGAGAUUGUUUUUUGUACUCUAGCCACCAAAAUAAAUAUGAAUACAAAUAC